AAUACGCCAUCCACCAUGGGACACCCUGUAUACCGUAUACCCACUCUGACGCUUGGGUAAAAUAACCCUUUUUUCGAACGCACUCCUAUUUCAAUUUGCAAUUUGACAAGCAACUUGGCGCCAAAACAAUCAAAACAAAAACAUAACCUCCAAUAAAGUCGGCCUGCCUGCCUGAUCUUAGUGAUAAUGUGAUCUGAUCCUCCUAAAUUUAAACUGAAAGUCCUAUACCGAAUUAAAUAUUCUAUUUUCUAAUUAAAUUUCGUCAAUAUAAAUUAUAAUAAUAAGUUAAAUACUGAAAUAAUUCAUAAUAUAAAUAAAAAAUGACGAGUGUUGAAAACAUGAUUCUAUCCAGUAUUACAAAUUUCUAUAAAAAUGAAAUAAAGGAAACAAUGAAGCAUGUGCACCAUACUAAUAGUGUUGCUGCUAACAUGACCACAGUUAGAGGACAAGUGCUUUCCGGCACCGAACUUGCCAGAGAAAUAAAAUCUCAAUUAAAAUCAAGAGUUCAAGCUCUAGGCUUACAGCCUACAUUAGCCAUUGUACAAGUAGGCGGUAGGGAAGAUUCAAAUGUCUAUAUCCGAAUGAAAAUUCAAGCUGCUGCUGAUGUAGGAGGCAAAGUCGAUCAUGUUAAAUUGCCUCCAACUACUACACAAUCAGAGUUAUUAAACAAAUUAGACUCCCUGAAUAAUAGCCCAAAUAUCCAUGGAAUAAUAGUACAAAUGCCUUUGGAUUCUGUAACAGAAAUUGAUUCUCAUUUAAUAACAGAUUCUGUCAGCCCUUCAAAAGAUGUCGAUGGACUUCAUACAAUAAACGAAGGUAGAUUAGCCAUUGGCGACUUAAAAGGUUUCCUCCCUUGCACGCCUGUAGGCGUUUUGGAGCUGAUAAAAAAAUCUGGAAUCAAAAUUGAGGGUGCAGAUGUUGUUGUUUUGGGCAGAAGUAAAAUAGUCGGCACUCCUGCAGCUGAAUUGUUGAAGUGGCACCAUGCCACUGUCACUGUAUGUCAUUCGAAAACCAAAAAUUUAAAGGAAAAGUGCCGGCAAGCUGAUAUUCUAGUUGUAGGGAUAGGCCGGCCGGAAUUUGUUAGGAGGGACUGGGUUAAGCCUGGAGCUGUGGUCAUCGAUUGUGGAAUUAACAGCAUUCCAGAUCCAACAAAGAAAUCCGGCCAAAAGUUGGUUGGUGAUGUGGCCUACGACGAAGUCAAAGACGUCGCCUCCCAUAUAACCCCCGUGCCCGGCGGCGUCGGCCCCAUGACCGUGGCCAUGCUCAUUAAAAAUACCGUGGCCGGUGCCGAGAGGGCCGUUGCUGCAUCAGGUGCUUUAAGAAAAUUUUGGGAUUUGAAAGCGCUGCCGCUCAAUUUGAAAACACCUGUACCAAGUGACAUUGAGAUAGCCCGAGGCCAAAUACCCAAAGAUAUCAUGUCGCUGGCCAACGAAAUUGGUCUAUUACCGAGCGAAGUGUCUCAAUAUGGUACGAAAAAAGCCAAAGUCCAUUUGUCGGUUUUAGAUCGGUUACAAAACCGUGAAAAAGGCAAAUAUGUUGUCGUCACCGCAAUCACCCCAACACCAUUUGGCGAAGGUAAAAGUACCACCAUGAUGGGACUGGCGCAAGCCCUGUCAACCAAAUUGAGAAAAAACACCUUUGCUACAAUGAGACAACCUUCCCAAGGGCCGACGUUUGGUAUUAAAGGCGGUGCAGCUGGCGGUGGAUAUUCUCAAGUCAUCCCCAUGGAAGAUUUUAAUUUGCAUUUAACUGGAGAUAUUCAUGCGAUAACUGCUGCGAAUAACUUAUUAGCUGCCCAGUUAGAUGCAAGAAUAUUCCACGAGGCCACCCAAAAGGAUUCGGCUUUGUUUGAUAGGCUGGUGCCGAAAACUAAGGGCCAAAGAAAAUUUUCAAAAAUUCAACUAAGGCGCUUGCAAAAGUUGAAUAUCAACAAAACCGAUCCCGAUACUUUAACUGCAGAAGAAAAAUCUAGAUUUGCUAGGCUAGACAUAGAUCCGGAAAACGUAAUUUGGAGCAGGGUCCUCGACAUCAAUGAUAGAUAUUUGAGAGAAAUCACCAUUGGAGAGUCUCCAACGGAAAAGGGGUAUACAAGAAAAACUGGUUUUAUGAUCACUGUUGCCAGCGAAAUUAUGGCCAUAUUAGCCUUAGCCAAAGACCUAAAAGAUUUCAAAGAGCGGUUGGCAAAAAUGGUGGUAGCCUUUGAUAGAAAAGGCCAACCAAUCACUGCAGACGAUUUGGGAGUUACUGGAGCCUUAUUGGUUCUACUUAAAGACGCCAUCGAGCCAACAAUAAUGCAAACCCUGGAAGGUUCGCCUGUGUUUGUGCAUGCAGGACCUUUCGCCAACAUCGCUCAUGGAGCUAAUUCAAUUAUUGCUGAUAAAAUAGCCUUGAAACUAGUGGGGCCUGACGGUAUUGUGGUUACCGAAGCAGGAUUUGCUUCCGAUAUUGGCAUGGAAAAAUUCUUUAACAUAAAAUGUCGUACUUCAGGAGAAAUCCCUGAUGCUGUUGUCUUAGUUGUGACAAUCAGAGCUUUGAAAAUGCACGGAGGAGGGCCUGCAGUCUCUCCUGGAUCGCCUUUAGCUCCAGAGUACACUCAAGAAAACUUACCGUUGCUCAGAGCAGGUCUUCCUAAUGCCAUUAAGCAUAUAAGUAACGCAAAUAAGUUUGGAAUUCCUGUAGUAGUGGCUAUAAAUCAUCAUACCAACGAUACUGAGGCUGAAAUUAAGUUGUUGGAGACGGAAUUGAAAAAGGCUGGAGCUCAUGAUGUGGUUUUAUCCAAACAUUGGGCUCUAGGAAGUGAUGGCUCGGAAAACUUAGCUAAAGCUGUUGUUGAGGCUACACAACAACCUAGUAAAUUUAAAUUUUUGUAUGAGCUUAACCAACCUUUGAAAGAAAAAAUUCAGAUCAUUGCCAAAGAAAUGUAUGGGGCCGGGGAAGUUAAAUUUACACCGUUGGCUGAAGGAAAAUUGCAGAAAUUCGAGGCUCAGGGAUAUGGAAAUUUGCCUAUAUGUAUGUCCAAGACUCAACUAUCUUUAAGCGGUGAUCCGAGCGUGAAAGGUGCUCCUACUGGGUUCACCUUAGACGUUAAGGACGUGUCUGCUUCUGUGGGUGCUGGAUUUAUUAUUCCUUCUACUGGAGAGAUAAAUAAAAUUCCUGGAUUGCCUACCAGACCCGCCAUUUAUGAUAUCGAUUUGAACAUUGAAACUGGAGAAAUCGAGGGGCUGUUUUAAUUAUGCAUGUCAUUGUUUACUUUCUAUUAUGAAUAUAUUUUUUAUUAUUGAAAAUAA